UGCAUUACUAAACACAUCUCUACGAAAAAAAAACUACAACGUGUCAAAGUCAAUUUGACAGUUCUUUUAUGUCCAAUCGCCUCCCAGUGGCAUUACACGCGUUUAAUCGUUACUCCAAUAAACGCAACGAUGUCGGGAGGAUUAGAUGUCUUAGCCCUCAACGAGGAAGAUGUCACUAAAAUGCUUGCAGCAACAACCCAUCUUGGGUCAGAAAAUGUCAACUUUCAGAUGGAAGCGUAUGUCUACAAACGCCGUGCGGAUGGUACCCACGUGAUCAAUCUGCGCCGCACAUGGGAGAAGCUCGUGUUAGCUGCUCGUGCUGUCGUUGCAAUUGAGAACCCAGCUGAUGUGUUCGUCAUCUCGUCCCGUCCAUUCGGGCAGCGCGCUGUACUCAAGUUCGCAGCGCACACUGGUGCUACACCUAUUGCUGGACGUUUUACUCCUGGUGCCUUCACCAAUCAGAUCCAAGCUGCCUUCAGGGAGCCACGUCUGCUGAUUGUGCUGGAUCCUGCUCAGGACCACCAACCUAUCACCGAGGCCUCCUAUGUCAACAUUCCAGUCAUUGCUUUCUGUAACACUGACUCACCACUCAGAUUUGUUGACAUUGCCAUCCCAUGCAACACCAAGUCAUCACACUCGAUCGGUUUAAUGUGGUGGCUUUUGGCCCGUGAAGUUCUGCGUCUGCGUGGCGUGCUCCCACGUGAUCAGCGUUGGGAUGUUGUAGUGGACCUGUUCUUCUACCGUGAUCCUGAAGAAAGCGAAAAGGAGGAACAACAGGCUAAGGAACAGGCUGUUGUUGCGGCCAAGCCUGAAGUACCACCUCCAGUGCAUGAGGACUGGAAUGAGACAGUUGAGCCUGUGGUUUCCUGGGCUGAGGAAUCUGCACCCGCCGCUGCUCCCGCAUUCGGAGUAGCUGCAGUACAGGAAGACUGGGUUGCUCAGGUACAAGACGAGUGGGGCGCGAGUGGCGCUCCGCCCGCGGCCACGCCCGCAGCAGCUCCCGCAGCCGCCGCCACACCGUCGUGGGGAGGAUCCGCACAGGACUGGACCGCCUCAUAAUAGACAACAUCUGUUGCGCUAAAUAUAUUUGAAAACUA